CGGACCAUUGUCUCUCAUCAGCAUCAUGCAAGAUUCGGCAUUGGUUCAUGUCCAUUGGAGAAGCAGAAUCAAGCCUUGAAGACCAAACAUUCGGACUCUUACACUGAUUCUUGCUCUAUGUGCGAUUGUCUACUUAGCAUUAUCCGUCGUCGUGUUGCGACGUCAAUUCUUCUUCAUCUCCACAAAACUUCAAUGCUAGACUCAAAUGUGCAGCAAGAUGAUUGAUAUACACAAUGACAAGGACCGAGACAUUCUUUAUCCGGCCCAUUUCGCAAAACUGGUGGGCACUGACUGGAUGGAAAGUAAAUCCUUUCGGUGUUGUUUCACGGACUCGGCAUCCCCCAAAAAUAAUCUCAUUCUCCUCAUCAAACACACACAUCAAACAAAAGUGGCGUUCCAUUUCCCCCAUCUCCGAACCCAUCGGUCAUCAACAACAGUCUCGCAACAAAUCGCAGCGCUCCGACUAUCCAAGCCUCAGCCAAGAUCCCAACGCUCCCCAGUGAUUACUAGCGAGUCUCCCCUCUCGCACCAAGGUUUUUCGAAAACAGACAGACAAAUACUUUCUUGGCUUGUUCCCAACCUACCUUCCCCCCACGCAGCUUCACUACUUGGCCUGGUCGGCCUUGAUAUUGCGACAGCAGCAAGCACUGAGCGCUCCUACGAAAGAACCUCCUCCUCCUCCCUUGCUUUUUGAGUUUAUUUGGCCCGGUCGGCCCCUUUGUAUUAACUUCACUUCUUAAGGAUCAUCAAGCCACGCAGGACUUCAUAUUAAAUCCGAACACGAGGGCGUCGUCCCCUGGUACAGCGGCUAAGCUCUCCCCAUCCCCAUCCACCACCCUGGUCCCCAGCCCG